CGGCCGGAGGAGAAGCAUGGGGCGCCCGCGGGCCGGGGCCGGGGCCUAGGCGGGCGACCUGCGCGGAGCGGGCGGCGCAGGCGGAGGCAGAGCUGGUCCGAGGCGGCGAGGCUGCGAGGCGGCGAGGCGCCAGACGCAGGCCCCAGUGCCUUCCUCUGUGCAGGUGCCAGACUGCUCCUGUGUGACUGGGACCUGGUCACUCCAGGGUGCCUGAGGGCCCCUGUCCCGAGCUGCUUCCUUCCAAUAUCUCUGGCCCAGCACCUGGAGGGAUGUGUGUGCCCAACCUCGGUCCAGAGCCUGCUCCCGAGGUACCUCCUGCCGCUGCUUCCGGGCUGGUUCCUGUCUCCUUCCCUCUGCCCAGCGCUCCCUGGUUGGACAGCUGCCGCCCAGGAGAGGCCACCUGGGGGCCUCGAUAGGGCAGUGGCCCCCGCCCUAGGGCCGGGAUCAUGAAAGGCCUCGGCGACAGCCGCCCCCGCCACCUCUCUGACAGCCUAGACCCACCCCACGAGCCAUUGUUUGGAGGGUCUGACCGCAAUCCUUACCUGCUAUCGCCCACAGAGGUCUUUGCCCGGGAAGCUCGCUUCCCUGGGCAGAACACUCUGCCAGGGGAUGGUCUCUUCCCACUCAACAACCAGUUGCCACCACCCAGCAGCACCUUUCCCCGCAUCCACUACAACUCUCACUUCGAGGUGCCAGAGGAGAGCCCUUUCCCCAGCCAUGCCCAGGCCACCAAGAUCAACCGGCUGCCUGCCAACCUCCUGGACCAGUUCGAGAAGCAGCUGCCCAUCCACCGAGAUGGCUUCAGCACCCUCCAGUUCCCGCGUGGGGAGGCCAAGGCCCGUGGGGAGAGCCCUGGCCGCAUCCGCCACCUGGUCCACUCCAUGCAGCGGCUCUUCUUCACCAAGGCCCCCUCGCUGGAGGGCACAGCAGGCAAGGUUGGAGGCAACGGCAGUAAGAAAGGUGGCCUGGAGGACGGCAAGGGCCGCAGGGCCAAGAGCAAGGAUCGGGCCAAGGCUGGGGAGCCCAAACGGCGCAGCCGCUCCAACAUCUCAGGCUGGUGGAGCUCUGACGACAACCUGGAUGGUGAGGGUGGCGCCUUCCGCAGUAGUGGCUCAGCCUCUGGGCUGAUGACGCUCGGCCGCCAGGCGGAACGGAGCCAGCCACGCUAUUUCAUGCACGCCUACAACACCAUCAGCGGGCACAUGCUGAAAACCACCAAGAACAACACCACGGAGCUGACUGCCCCACCACCCCCGCCAGCACCCCCAGCCACCUGUCCCAGCCUGGGAGUGGGCACCGACACCAACUAUGUCAAGCGGGGCUCCUGGUCCACCCUGACCCUCAGUCACGCCCACGAAGUUUGCCAGAAAACCUCAGCCACCUUGGAUAAGAGCCUGCUGAAGUCCAAAUCCUGCCACCAGGGUCUAGCCUACCAUUACUUGCAGGUUCCUGGUGGCGGCGGCGAGUGGAGCACCACGCUGUUGUCCCCACGUGAUGAACCCUCCGGCGAGGGCCCCAUCCCGUGCCGGCGCAUGCGCAGUGGCAGCUACAUCAAGGCCAUGGGCGACGAGGACAGCGAUGAGUCCGGUGGAAGCCCCAAGCCCUCACCCAAGACAGCAGCGCGGCGCCAGAGCUACCUGAGGGCCACGCAGCAGUCGCUGGGAGAGCAGAGCAAUCCACGCAGGAGUCUGGACCGCCUGGAUUCAGUGGACAUGCUGCUGCCCUCCAAAUGUCCCAGCUGGGAAGAGGACUACAAUCCCGUCAGUGACAGCCUCAAUGACUCCAGCUGCAUCAGCCAGAUUUUUGGACAGGCCUCCCUGAUCCCCCAGUUGUUUGGCCAUGAUCAGCAGGUGCGGGAGGCCGACCUGAGCGACCAGUACGAGGCCGCCUGCGAAUCGGUCUGCAGCGAAGCGGAGUCGACGGCGACGGCGGCGGAGACGCUCGACUUGCAGCUGCCCAGCUACUUCCGCUCCCGCAGCCACAGCUACCUGCGCGCCAUCCAGGCGGGCUGCUCGCAGGAGGAGGACAGCGUCUCCCUGCAGUCCCUCUCCCCCCCGCCCAGCACCGGCAGCCUCAGCAACAGUCGCACGCUUCCAAGUUCAUCAUGCCUAGUGGCAUAUAAGAAGACCCCACCACCGGUCCCUCCACGUACCACGUCAAAGCCGUUCAUUUCAGUCACCGUACAGAGCAGUACUGAGUCUGCCCAGGACACCUACCUGGAUAGCCAGGACCACAAGAGUGAGGUGACGAGCCAGUCAGGCCUAAGCAACUCAUCAGACAGCCUGGACAGCAGUACCCGACCACCCAGCGUGACACGGGGCGGAAUCAUCCCAGCCUCAGAAGCCCCCGAGCCACCCCCAAAACAUGCAGCUCUGAAGAGUGAACAAGGGACAUUGACCAGCUCUGAGUCCCACCCUGAGGCCAUCCCAAAAAGGAAACUAUCAUCUAUAGGAAUACAAGUUGACUGCAUUCAGCCAGUGCCAAAAGAGGAACCCAGUCCCGCUACCAAAUUCCAGUCCAUCGGGGUUCAGGUAGAGGACGACUGGCGGAGCAGCGCCCCCUCUCACAGCAUGUCCUCCCGACGGGACACAGACUCAGACACCCAGGAUGCUAAUGACUCAAGCUGUAAGUCAUCAGAGAAGAGUCUCCCAGACUGUACCCCGCACCCCAACUCCAUCAGUAUCGAUGCCGGCCCUCGGCAGGCCCCCAAGAUUGCCCAGAUCAAGCGCAACCUCUCCUAUGGAGACAACAGCGACCCUGCCUUAGAGGCAUCCUCGCUGCCACCACCUGACCCCUGGCUAGAGACCUCCUCCAGCUCCCCAGCAGAGCCAGCACAGCCAGGGGCCUGCCGCCGAGAUGGCUACUGGUUCUUGAAGCUACUUCAGGCAGAAACAGAGCGACUAGAAGGCUGGUGCUGCCAGAUGGACAAGGAGACCAAAGAGAAUGAUCUCUCUGAAGAAGUCUUAGGAAAAGUCCUCAGUGCUGUGGGCAGUGCUCAGCUACUAAUGUCCCAGAAAUUCCAGCAGUUCCGGGGCCUCUGUGAGCAAAAUUUGAACCCUGAUGCCAACCCCCGUCCAACAGCCCAGGACCUGGCAGGGUUCUGGGACCUGCUACAGCUGUCCAUCGAGGACAUCAGCAUGAAGUUUGAUGAACUCUACCACCUCAAGGCCAACAACUGGCAGCUGGUGGAAACCCCGGAGAAGAGGAAGGAAGAGAAGAAACCACCCCCUCCCGUCCCAAAGAAGCCAGCCAAAUCCAAGCCGGCAGUGAGCCGCGACAAGGCCUCUGACGCAGGAGACAAGCAGCGUCAGGAGGCCCGCAAGAGACUGCUGGCGGCCAAGCGGGCAGCUUCUGUGCGGCAGAACUCGGCCACUGAGAGCGCGGACAGCAUCGAGAUCUAUGUCCCUGAAGCCCAGACCCGGCUCUGAGACCAGGAAGGAAACUAUUCUAAGUCAUUUUAAAAAAAAAGAAAAAGCCACACAAACUAAACGCAAAUGGAACAAAAUUUUCUCAGCCUUUAGUAUGGUCCUUCUGUCUAGAGACCCUGAGCCAACUUUCAAAUUGACGCAUACAAAGGGCUCACAAUUUGGCUUUUUUGGGUCCCUCCCAGCUUUAGGUUAUGAAAACGUCACACACGAAAACAAAAUUUUUAAACUUUUUUUUCCCCCUCUUGCUGGCCAGGGUGGACUUAGAUAGAUGGACUUCAGCAGCUCCCUGGCCCAGCCUGACUGUGGUCUUUUUACUUGUUCUAUCUAAUGAGAACUUAAACUAGCUUGUUUACAAGAUGACAACAGUCCAAGGACAACCUUGGGCAUCUGCCAUGUCCUUCCUUUUCCUGGCUACCCCCGCUCUGACCUUGGAGUUUUCGUUCUUACGUUUUUCUCUCUUCCCUUCAGAGCUCACACAGGGGUCACCAUCCUGGCUAGCGGCUUUGUGGUUCUCAGCCCUUUCUGUGGCUGAGCGGCCAGAGCGACGGACAUGAUCCCCUCCCCCACCCAGUGCUCACACACACAGUCACACGUGCGCCCACACAGAUACAGGUUCCUCCCAGCAGGAGCAGCCCUCGCCAGUGACUCUCCUCUGACAGAUGGGAGGAGAAUGAGAGAAAAGCCAGUUACCACACGCCAGACGCCAGCCUUUCUCUUCUCUCCAGCCCCUUCUUCCUUCAACAAAAGAUACGACUCAGAGUGACUUGCAAGGGGCAUCUGAGAGCAAAGGGGCCUCAUUUGCAGGGGUCCGUCCCCAGCCGAGCCUGUGUACAGUCCCUGAAGGGCAGGUGGCUGUGUCUGUACGUAUGUGUACAUAUGCACAUAGACCUUAGAGUGUAUAUUUAACAAUCGCCCAUCUGCUCACCCAUGCCCACCAGCGCCACCGCUGGCUCUCGGGGCACCUGGCAGGAGGCGGGUGUGUGAAUAGCAUAUAUUUUUACAUGUACUAUAUCUAGGUGUGUGUACAAGUGUGUGUAAAAAUAUAUACUUUGUGUGUAAGCAGCCUUUUUUAUUUUUUGUUUCCCACCCUCUCCCUAGCCAUGGGCCUAGUUGCCCAGCCUCUGAGUUUUCUGUUCUGUUCUAUUUUCUCACCCUCUCCCCAGCCCCACUCCCAGGGUGUCAUGAGCCCUGAGCUGCAGUGGCCCGGCCUGUGGGGCGGGGAGGGCAAGCUCUCAGGCCAGUGCAGGCGAGAUGCUCUCUGCUAUGGAGAUGCCCUCCUCUCUGGUACUUGCUGCAGGGGCCCAGGUGAACAAGGGCCUGGUCAGGGGCCCCAUUCCAGCUUGGCAGCCGUCUGUGACCUUGGGCAAGUCACUUGACCUCUGUGUGCCUCAACUUCCUCCUCUGUAAAAUGGGGACAGUCCCUGCCCCUCCCUACCUCACAGGCAUGUUGUGAGAAUAAAUGAGGUAACGUGUA